UAUAUUUCAUGUUCCCUCUCCAUUUUUCUAUACCUUGGAUUAGAUUACCCUUAAUUACCUCUAGAUGACAAUCUUCGCUGUUCAGUGUUCAUUACACUUCCCUUAAUAUAUUAUAUAAAGCAACAGGCGGUAAACAUCUCACUUUAUUCAUUAUCUUAAAGGUUCUAUAUAUGUCCAUGUUUCAUAGAUUCUUACCCAUGACCAGCAGGCUUGUUGGGAAAGGAUGCACGUGCCUUAGCCAUUCUCCUAUGGGGUUCCCCAAAUUGAGAAUAAAAUUAUCCUAUAUAACUUUAAUUCUGUCUAUUUUGAAUAAGAGAACAAAUUGCAGAUUUUGAUUCUGCAGUAAUUUAUUUUGCUGUAAAUCUUUCCACUCUUCCGAACUGAGAUUUUUUCCCCCACGGAGUAUCAGACUUUAGGUCUAUCCAUGUGUCUGCUUAUCGAUCAGUCCACUUAAUCAGACAGCCAUCUUUUCCUUAGUGAGAAGAAUAACCUUAUUAGGAGACAGAUUAAUUUAGAGCAGAAGAAACAAAGUAAAACUCAGAAAAUCUUCCUCAGCUACGCUUCUGUAAAGUGAGAUGGGAGAAAUAUGGUUUUUUUGAGGCAAAGACUAAAUUCACAGGUUGGUGCAUGUGGGAGGGACAAAAAUCUCCCAAUGAACAGGUUAUAAAAGAAGAAAUUGUGAUUUAAUUGAAUUUGUGCCAUAACAUUAUGUAACCUCCCAGUUCUACAACUCUUGUGCAAGAAGCCCUCAAGGCAUGUACAUUAUCACUCCUGGUUAUAGUCUAUUCACUUACCUCCUCGCUCUGUCUAAGCUUAUUUUUUUCCAGCUGAUUAGCAAUACUUCCCUAACUUGUACCAAUGUAGUAACUACUGUAUGACACUACAGAAUAUUUUCAGUUCCCAGAAAAACUCUGCUUAAUUAGAGGAAACACUAUACGAUGAUAAAAGGAUAGGUCAUUUUUGAUCUGAUUUUCAUUUUUCUAAAAAUCACACUGCCUCACCUUAUUUGAUUGGAAAAGUUUGCAUUUAAUCUUUCUAGAACAGAGUCUCAACAGAAGAGGCAUCAGACCGCAUUAAACAAUUCCACAUUGGGAUGGGGUGCUCAAUAGGUUUGUAGUGAAGCAGGAGUUUUUCUGGAAAGGUGAGGCUCUACUUUAUGGGCCUUUCUUCACACAAGUCAAUACAACGUUGGUAGAUUAAAAUCCAGAUCACUAGCACCACUUUACUUCAUGCCAUUUGUUUACCCAUUCUCAGGAUGAGAAGCAGCUGCUGGGGCUGCAAAUAGCACACAAGGGGUGUGUUCUCCCAACUGUACCUUGGGGUCCUUCCCAGGACAUGUUUUUCUUGGUUAGUAGCAGCUCUCCCUCUCCUCCUCCUCCUCCUUUCUCCCCUCCUCCCUCCUUUCUGUGUUGCAUCAACCCAACCAGUUAAUCCAGUCUGUGAUUUAAUGCAUUGUGUAAACCUAGACAAUGAUGGAUCAGUUCAGUAAUUGCUUUGAGCAUGUUUUAUGAACUUAGCCAGAACUUUUGAGUGGACAAGCAGUUUCAUAAAGGAAGGGAGCUUAGAUGUUUGGGUGGUAUACCCAGACGUUUCCAACAGGUACCCCAAUUGUGACCAGCCAAAAUCUAGCUGAGGAUGAUCAAAUCAAAAGGUGCCGCACUCAGACAAUUGGUAGGUACCUUCUUUUAUUUUUUUUCUGAUAGCCCCUUUCUUUAACAAAUAUUAUUUCUCAGGAAACAACUUUAUCUUCACAUGGUGAACAAGUCAAUGUCUAUCUGGAAAACAUACCCUCCCAAUCCAUUUGUAUUUGACAGACAUACUGAUAUGGCAAAAACCUAAAAAUAAAAUCAAUCAUUUUAGAAUUAUUACUGAUACUUAGAGUUAACUGUUGGGAAAGUAUUGUGAUUAUUUGCCAAGUAAACUCAAUGCUUGUGAUAAGCGAAUUGCGUAUAAACUGAAGGAGGAACAACACCUGCAGGAAGGGAAGGCUAGGUAUGUUUAAACACAACUCCCUUAGCAACCAGUCUGAUGACUUUCUUCCUGCUGAUAUUUUUUGCUGAGCAGUGAGGCCUUGCUAUGGAUCCAGUGGGCAACAGUGCUGUCUCCUCACCAGUCUACCUCAUUCAGCAACCAAUUACACAAGAGCCAGAAGUGACCAUUCUCCAACAGAUGCCACGGACACUUCCUCAGUCUAGCUGCAUAAGCCACAUCAAAGAAAAUUUAAUAGAGCUAAUGAUGCUACAAAAUGCCCAGAUGCAUCAAGUGAUAAUGAACAGCCUGGCUAUGUCAGCAGCAGCAUGCUUUGAAUCCAACCCAAACCAGCAGAUACCCCCUAUCCCCUGGCAGACAGAGGAAGAAGAUGAGAUUGACAUGGUAUUCCACCACUAUUAUCCCCCCUAUCCACGCAUCCUUCCAUUCAGAACAUGGAGGCCUCCCUCUCAGCCUUCAGGUUUGACACAGCAGCAGCAGCCCAUCAUUCGUCAUGUGGGCCCAGAACUUCACUCAAGGGGGAGACAAGAUAAUGGUCAAGUGGUACCCCCACCCCCACCACCAAGUGCCACUGGAACAGUCACAGCCGAUGUCCUACCAGCUUCAGAAUACUAUGACUACACUGAGCGAUGGAAGUGAAAUUAAAGUUUCAUCUAUUUUUCCUC